AUGCACAGGCACUCCUAUGCGUGUGGAGAGGCCAGCUUGCAAGGCCAAGCGGACAAGAUUGACAGCUCGGGCCGUGGUAGUGCUGGGGCCGGUGAUGACGUGAAGAAGGGGGCCGAAGCCGAGAUCAUGAAGAAGGUUGCUACCAGGUUGCAGGACUUUGAGUCGCUGAUCACGAGCCAGUUGUCGACAUUUGCCACGGACUUCGAGAAGAAGCUCUUCCACGUCUAUCGCUCGAUCGGGGCCAUGAAGCCGAUUGACGGCGCAGGCGCCGGAGACACCGGCCUCGACACGAUGGCCGAGGAUGUGGACCAGCUGAAGUUCGACGUUGGGGAGCUGCAGAAUUUGCUGACGAACAGCAAGGGUGAGGUAAGCCAAACCAACCGCAUUGUGCUGGCCUGCGAACGAAACAUGGAAGACUUCAAGGCAGCGAUGGACGCUGUGAAUGUGGACUUGGCCGAGAUGCGCGCCCGUGUAGAUGCGACCCACUCCAUCACCACCUGCCGACAGCGUGUGGAAGCAACCAUGACAGCAGAGAUCUCGACUAUGCACCUCGACAGCUGCGACAUCCAAGAAGCUCUCAAGAAUCAUGACUCCUGGAUGGAGGGCAUGUCCAACACUCUCCAACAGAUGCAAGAGAAGGAGGAGAAUUGGAGUGAGGAUAUGAUCAACCUCAAGAAUGAGCUCACUGCCAAGCUCGACACCAAGGUGGACAACGUUGCCUGGAAGGAGGCGACCGACGAGCUCGAUGCGGCUGUCAAGACUAUUUACGGUUUGGUGUCCGCUCUUCGACUGGAUGCUGAUGCAAACCGCCGCAAGGGGGACGAAACUCUGGCCAACGUCCGGCAUGACAUCACAGCUGUCGAGACGAAUCUUGAGGAAUCCAAGUCCAAGCUAGCGAUGGACACUGACCAUGCUAUCAAUGCUCUGAAUGGCCGUAUCGACUUCACGAACAAGGAUCUCGCCGCAACCCAGGAUAGCCUCCACACAACCCAGAAGUCCCUCAGCGAUUGCUUCCACGAGGUGGCCGUUGUCCGCAGCGACGUGGAGCGGAACGUGGCAGACAUCGAGGAGCUGGCCUUAACUCGGGAGCCGCUGGUUCGCCACGCGGUGUCACCAGAGCUCCUCGCGAAGGCGACUGGUUCUGCGCUGCAGCUGCAGGCGCUCCAGCUGGAUUUCCUCCUGUUCCGCUUGGCGACCGUGGAGGACCACCUUGCAGCGAAGGAGUCCACAUCUCAGCCCGCGGCAAGCGCAGAUUCGCCCAAGCGGUUGGAGCGAACGAGCCAAGCCUGGAUGGCCACUGGCGCGGACCAGCUCAGCGUUCCCCACCGCUCAUUUGUGUAUGUGAAGACAGCGACUGCGAGCGACAAUGGGUGGAUUCAUGCGGAGUUGGCCGACGACGAGGCAACAGCGGGCUGGCUGCCACUAGGUGUCCUCGAGCAGCUUGAGGAGGGCCAGCGCUGGAUGAGAACCAAGGCCAAGUGGGAGGCUCGAGACGAGUCGCAGUGCAGCGCGGAGAUUGGUGACUUCUGCUUGGUGUGGGUUGAUUUACUCACCCAAGAGCCUUCUGAGUGCUGUUCUUGCUGCAUCUGUUGCAAGAGCAUCGGUAGAAGCAGCAAUCGUAAAACAACAAGUCACGCCAUGUGA